AGUCCAGCGAUCGCAGAAAAGGAGAAGUCCAAACAACAGCCUCAGCAUCCGGUGGUUCUUCCCGGGGCAGGUAAGCUGCUGUCCGGCUUCAACAACAUUAUAGUGACCACAGAAACCGAGACGUGGUUGGAUCUUCCCUCUCCGAGCUUCCGGCGUUGUUCUUGCAGAGAUUUGAUCUCGAUUUCUCUGUCAGUAUGACCAGUUUAAAAGGGUUCCAGUCCCAGCUGACAUCCAUCAUGGAGGCGCUGACCCGUGCCGCGGUGGCGGAGAUUUGUGGGUUGGUGGAUGACGGCUACGCCGUCCUACAGCUUGAAAUCUCCCGAUGCCACAAGGAGAACGAGGCGCUGCGACAAAAGCUGGAGCUCAUCGAGUCGAUCAUCGCCCGGGGCAGCCGGAGGAUCGACGGUGGGACGAUGGUCUGUGGUGGGCCAGCGGAGGAUGGGGAGGGACUGGAGGAUGCAACAACCGAGUUCGUCUCAGCAGCAGAUCUGUCCUUUAAACAAACCAAAAACUCCGUCCUUCAAGGACUGGGACCAGCUCCUGUUUUAGAGGCGACUGCAGAGGAUUCUCUGACUGCUGCUGCAGAUAAGCGAAUCCAACCAGAUGAGGACGUCGUUGUGAUCAAAGUGGACAGAGAGGAGGAGAAAGAUGUCCACAGAUCUGAGGAGCAGCUGCUGAAAGGCAACGGAACGGAGGCGCUGCCUCCAGAACCGGACCUCCAUCAGGAGGGGCCGUCUGGGAUAAAGAUCUCUGACAUCCGGUCCUGGGAUCAGAGCAGUUCCUGCAGUGCCCAGGGGUCUCCGGGCCCCUCAGGGGCCGCAGAGAGCAGCUGUGCUGAGUUGGAUUUUGCUUCGGAGUCGGACAGCGGCGCUCCGUCUGCAGCAGAGAUGAGGAACAGCUUCCUCCUGAAACCAGGAGGGAGCCCGGCGUCUCUGCCUGGAAUCCCGGACCUGAAGCGAGGCUCUACCCUGAUUGGCUCCCUUCCCUGUGAUGUAGAGCUGGAUCCAGGCUCCUCCUGGAACAACCAGGGCCUCCCCAGCAUGGUGCCCCUCCCCCACCGUUCCGUGCUGCUGGCGCUCAGCGGAUCCAGACUGGACCCUCUGGAGCUCAGCAGGUUCUGCAGGGACCAGCGCUUCGCCUGCAACUAUUGCGGCAAAUGUUUCACGUCGUCGCGGAGCCUGGAGACGCACGUGCGUGUCCACACGGGCGAGCGGCCGUACAGCUGCGCCCAGUGCGGGAAGCGCUUCACGCAGUCGGGUCACCUGAAGACGCACCAGAGCGUGCACACGGGGGAGAGGCCAUUCCCCUGCGAGCAGUGCGGGAAACGGUUCGCAGCCAAGCAGAACUUGAGGAUCCAUCAGCAGAAACACCACGUGGCUCCGCUUUGACUCUGACAGACAGAACCCUGAACUGAGAGAAAACAGACCGGGUUACUGUGAGAGACGGACCGGAACCUCAAAGAACUGAUGCUUUUGAUCUUUUAUUUAUUGCUUUUAAGACGUUUGAGUGGAAAAGCUCGGUCAGACCCUCCAGACUUCUUCUAACUGCCUUUUUAUUCACUUUAUCUUAAUCUCAUAAGUAGAUUGACAUUCCAGUAGCAUCCUUCUUAUAUCCUUUAAAUUUGCAUGUGUGGUUCUGAAAUAUGGGGAGAGUCAGUACCUGGAAAACCAUUCAGAAAUUUAAGUUUCCUUUUUUUU